GCGGCUGUGACGAGGGGUCGCAUGGUCAACCCCAAUUGCACUACCCUGCAGCUUCUGGGGCCCGGAUGAACGCAUAAGAAGUUUUCUGAUCGCAAUCUUCUCACGUCUAGAACUUUAGUACUUCUACCAGAAGACUUGAGACUUCCCUAUAACUACGAGUAACCAGGCAAGUCAUUUUACGCAAAAUUUCCAUAGCAACCGACGAUGGCACGGCACCUGCACAUUUCUUAGCAGCUUCUCGUCCUUCACCUGGCAUCUCAGCCAUUUCUGCCCCCCCUUCUCUACCCCCUUUUUUUCCUUUGUGACUUUGUGAUACCCCUUCUCAUUCCCGGACAUGUCGCCUUUCCCCAUACAUGUUCAGAGUCUGGCUUUCGUUCUUCCUCUGCUGGUAAGAUGUAUAUACGCGCAAGCGGUGGUCAAUGGACAAAUCUUUACUCCUGGUAUCGUGCUGGUUGAUGCGCCGCAGCCAAAUACGCCCCUCGGUGGUGGUAGGUUUCUGUUCCGAUCCCUUGAUGUUUCCUACUCACCAUUAGCAGACAUCCUCCAUGUCGCGUUGGACGUAACCUCGAACGGCCAGCUUCAACUGCCCCCCUACCCCUCGAGACCGAUAUCUGCCAUUCACAAUGUAACAAUCUUCCUGUCCAGUUAUGACACGGGAAAGAACUUUACGGUUUCGAAUGGCACAGCAGGUGUAGGGACUCUGGGGAUAAUCAUGGAUAUGGAGCCUGGAAGUACCGUCAAGCAUAUCAACUGGGUAUGGCCCGAUUGCCUCGUGGGAGAUGGGAAUUCAGACAGUUCCAAAAACUCUCGAGGCGCUUAUAACGUAAGUGAUUCUACGAGUGACAGAGCAGUAGUACUCACUAACAUCUGUAGAUCUCCAUACGGCAGAACUUCCGCUUGAACGACACAGAUAUGUAUACGAUUUUCGAUCUCCCCAUCCACGUCACGAACGGGAUAUCUCCAAAGCCAGAUCGGCCGGCUUGUAAUUCGAUCAACAAUCCCAUGAUCGAUAUCGCAACGCUCAAUGCAUCCGCGAAUAGUUUCACGCGGAUCCCUGGUAGCCCCAUUAAAACGAACAAAAAGGGCGAUGGCUUAGGUUCGAGACCAGAAGCAAACCCCGAGGACGGUCUUGGUGGCGCAGGCGCUUUGAGUUGGUAUACCCCAUUGCAUGCUCUUUGGAUGAUUUUUGGUAUCAUUUUGGCUCUUUAGCUUCUAAUGGAGUUUGU